AUGAGGACACCAACUCUUCUACUUUCGCAGAUUUGGGUAAGCACCCGGUCCAAUAAACCAUCUUCACAACUCAAGCAAGGACACAACAAGUGGGGAUCAAGGAUUCAGAAGAAAGAAAACCAAGCAGAAGGCCGAUCAAGGAUUCAGAAGAAAAAAAACCAAGCAGAAGCCGAUCAAGGAUUUAGAAGAAAGAAGACCGAGCAGAAGCCGAUCAAGGAUCCAGAAGAAAGAAGACCGAGCAGAAGCCGAUCAAGGAUCCAGAAGAAAGAAAACCAAGCAGAAGCCGAUCAAGGAUUCAGAAGAAAGAAAACCAAGCAGAAGGCCGAUCAAGGAUUCAGAAGAAAGAAAACCAAGCAGAAGCCGAUCAAGGAUUUAGAAGAAAGAAGACCGAGCAGAAGCCGAUCAAGGAUCCAGAAGAAAGAAGACCGAGCAGAAGCCGAUCAAGGAUCCAGAAGAAAGAAGACCGAGCAGAAGCCGAUCAAGGAUUUAGAAGAAAGAAGAUCGAGCAGAAGCCGAUCAAGGAUUCAGAAGAAAGAAAACCAAGCAGAAGCCGAUCAAGGAUUUAGAAGAAAGAAGACCGAGCAGAAGCAGCGCAAACGAGUCCAUCGCAACCCCUCAAGAUGCCGCGAGGAGCCGAAGCACGUCAGCAAGGAUCAAUACGACCAGCUGAGUAAGGAUGUGCAAAUGUUUGUGUCCGACGAAGAGGUGGGUCACACUUUCGCCUAUUGGUACAAGAGGUACGGCCCGGUCAUCAGGGAUUCGGUCUUGCUGGUUAGCAAGAAGCGCGAUUUGAUCCUCAUGAAGCUGGACGAGGAUGCAUAUCGCAAAUAUGCUGAUGACAUACUACCGAAACAACCGCAUGAGAUCGAUUUCGAGACGACGGUCGCGAAUCUGGAGAAGCUUUUCGCGUCAAAGAAGACGCUGAUUCGACGACGGUACGAGUGUCUUAGGAUAAACUACCCGCCGCUGACGGCCAGUUGUGUACCAUUCCGCGACUACGCUAACAUGAUCAAGCGGAUGGACGAAGACGCUCGACUGAAGAAGCUGGACUACACAGCACUGAAGACGCUACAGUUCGUAGCAGGACUUCAGAAUCCGUCGCUUCGAGAAGUUCGUCUCAGAAUGCUCCGUCGACUGGAUACACACACAGAGAAGAAUCGCCGUUGA